CAUACAUAUUACAAGCCCAAACCCUAAUUCAUAUUUCACUCUUUCUGCCAUUUUCGCUUCGAGUAAAAAUGGACAAAAGUAUGCUCGGCGAUAUGGGGACUCUUCCGCCGGAAGAUCAAGCUAGAAUGUCUACUGUAAUCGACCAACUUCAAAUUCGUGACAGUCUAAGGACGUAUAACACGCUUGUGGAGAAAUGCUUUACAGAUUGUGUGGAUACAUUCUGGCGCAAAACGUUACAUAAACAUGAAGAAGCAUGUGUGAAGCGAUGUGCAGAAAAGUUUAUGAAGCAUUCAAUGCGGGCUGGGUUGAGAUUUGCUGAACUCAACCAAGGUGCUGCUGCUACUUCGGACAAAUAAUAAACCAUGGUUGAAUGAGUAUAUGCAGUUUAAUAGAAUUUUGCUUUACUAGAUUGAUAUAUAAUAUAGUUGUCAAAUGAUGUUUGGGCUUUUGGCUGAAAUGUAUCCACUAAUCAACUUCAUUAAUAGAUCAUAAUUAAGUAGAGUUGUUGAAAAA